AUGUCCACUUCAGAGACUAGAUUUCAGCAGACGAACGCAGCUCUUAGAAAUCAACAAGCCUCCAUUCAGAACUUGGAGAAUCAAAUAGGCCAGAUUUCUAAAAUGAUGACUGAGAGGCAGCUAGGGACUUUGCCUAGUAAUACAGAGUCUAACCCUAGAGAGCACGUGAAGGCUGUCACUUUAUUGGAAGACUCAGGUAGGAAAGAUGGAGUUAGCAAGGUGAUGGAGCCAGAGAAGAUAGAGGCCAGGAAGAAGAGUCCUCUGAGGGAAUACCAGCCCCCGAUCCCAUAUCCUGCCAGGUUGAAGCAGGAGAAAGUCGAUCAGCAGUUCAUUAAGUUUCUUGACUUGUUUAAAAAACUGCGAAUUAACUUACCUUUUGUUGAAGCUAUUUCACAGAUGCCCAAGUAUGUGAAGUUCUUAAAGGAAAUCCUUAGCCACAAUAGGAAGUUAGAGGACUUGGCGAUCGUGACCUUAAGUGAGGAGUGUUCAGCUAUACUUCAGAACAAAUUGCUAAAGAAGAAGCGUGAUCCAUGGAGUUUUACUAUCCCUUGUGUGAUUGGUGAUUUGACAAUUAGUAAUGCUUUAGCUGACUUAGGAGCUAGGAUUAAUUUAAUGUCGUACAAUUUGUUUACCAAGUUGGGGUUAGGUGAGAUGAAACCCACUAGGAUGAGCAUACAGUUAGUUGAUAGGACUGUUAAGUAUCAUAGGGGUAUUGUGGAGGAUGUAAUUGUUAAGGUUGACAAAUUUAUAUUUCCUAUUGACUUUAUGAUCAUGGACAUGGAUGGUGAGAGUAACAUACCUUUAAUUUUAGGUCGACCUUUCCUUGCAACGUCUAGGGCUAUUAUAGAUGUUUGUGAUAGGAAGAUUAAACUUAUGUUGCAGGAAAUAUUGCUUAAUGAUCCCUUACGAGUUGCCUUGCAGGCAGAGGAUGAGCAUGAGCUAUCCAAUGAGAGUGUGUUGGAGCAGCUUACAUUUUUUUUAGCUAAUGAACCAAGCAAGAAUACUGAUAAGUUUAUUGAGAUUGACAGGGCUAGUGGUGCAACCACAACGCAGACUGAACCCGGACAUGAAGGAAGUGGUUUAAAGGUGGUAGUUCCUAAAAAUGGAGGUUACUUCGAGAUUCCCAUUGCACCUGAAGACCAGGAGAAGACAAUCUUUACAUGCUUGUAUGGGAGGAUGCCAUUCGGUUUCUACAACACCUUCUUUCUACAGCAGCAGAUCGCUGAUUGGUAUCAGCUUAAUGCCAUUUCUUUCAGGCUAGGAGGCAGACAAUUCUAG